AUGUGCAAAUAUAAAUUCAUUUGGAAAAAAUAUAGACCUAAAAAUUUAAAUGAACUCGUUAUAUCCGAUGAAAAUAUGAAUAUAAUAAAAAAUUUUAUAAAAAAUAAUAAUAUUCCCCACUUAUUAUUAUAUGGAACUCCUGGUACUGGUAAAACAAGUACUAUAUUAGCUAUAGCAAAAACAAUGUAUGGUGAAAAAUAUAAAGAUUAUAUUUAUGAAUUAAAUGCUAGUGAUGAAAGAGGUAUAGAUACUGUUAGAAAUAAAAUUAAAAAAUAUGCUUCUUUAAAAAAGAAUCCAAUAACUUAUAAUAAUAAUAUAAUAAAUUAUAAAAUAAUAAUAUUAGAUGAAGCUGAUUCAUUAACAUCAGAUGCGUAGAAUUCUCUAAGAAGAAUCAUAGAAAUAUAUUCUAAAAUAACAAGAUUUUGCUUUAUAUGUAAUUAUGUAACAAAAAUAAUUCCUCCUAUAGUAUCAAGAUGUACUAAAAUCAAAUUUUAUCCUUUAUAUAAUUUACAAAUAAAAAAUAAAUUAAAAGAAAUUAUUAAAUUGGAAAAUAUUUCCAUAAAUGAUAAACAAAUAGAUCUAUUAAUAAAAUCUACUAAUGGUGAUAUGCGUAAUGCUAUUUUAUCCUUACAA